GCCGACGAUAUCUGAUCCGAUCGAAUGGAAAAUUGUCGAGGGUCAACUGUCGGACUGCAUAGAUAAAGCCUAUAAAGGAAAUCUAAAACAUACAUAUUUAUCAGUCGAAUCGUUGCUUCAUGAAAUAUGGAAUUGUCUUCCAUACCGUGUAGAGAACUGCGUCCGGUUCGCUCUCGCUAGAUGUAUAAAAAUUACUGCACGGAGGCGUAAUAGAAUGCAAUUACCUAAGUUUCAUCUCCGCGGUAUGUUUAAUUCGCAUUAUAUUUUUUGACAUAUUCUGCCGCAUCUCUCGUGAUCGGCGAAGAUUUAAUCGUAGAUUUUCUCACGAUUGCGAGCGAGAAAUACAUAAUCUGUAUACGCGAAGUCGCUACGAAGUCUUAGCGAUAAAAGGAUCUUAUUUUUGUAACGUGAGGCAGAACGGGUUCGUAUUCCCAUCAAGAUAUAUGUAUACCGUCCAACGGUGGAAUGUGUGCGCUCUGUAUAAAGAAAAUCUUAUAAAUUCAUCUAGAUUCACGAAGAUCAAAUCGUAGUGGGGACGGGUUGGAACGAGAUCCGAAAUCAGAGGCCCACCUCGCAGUUGUGGACCAGCCGGGCUCCUGUUCACCCGCAAAGCUCGUACGAUGGAGUCAGCAACUCGGUGGAGAAUGCGAACUUGGAGCAAAAGAUCGUGCUUCGAUGCAUUAACGAUCGGUCUAGGUAUCGGUGCCGGUAUUGUCUAUCUCUACGACAAUUCUCAGAAGGUUUUGGCUGCUACUCUGACGGUUUUUGGCGUCGGAGCCGUUUCUAUCCACUGGAGAAGAGCAGCCAGGAUAGCGAUUCGCUCCAAUCAUGCGGUGGUUAUCACCGGAUGCGACUCAGGACUCGGUUACAGCCUCGCUCAUCACUGUCGCGCUCUAAAUGCGACCGUGAUCGCGGGGGUCCUACAGCCUGAGGGCCUUGGAGCUCGAGAGUUGCUACGGAAUGGGGUGAAAGUCGUCCCCUUGGACGUCACUAGGGCAGAAAGCGUUUGGGAAUUUGGAAACAAGGUCCGCGAUAUCGUGCGACAGGAAAAUCUUGUAUUCAGGACGUUGGUGAACAACGCAGGGGUUAUGACUUUUGGCGAAUUCGAGUGGCAGACCGAGGAGCAAACGAGACGACAAGUGGAUGUGAAUCUUCUUGGUACCAUGCGAGUCACCAAGGAUCUUAUGCCCUUGAUGAGAUCGAUGGGGAGUAGAAUAAUUUUUGUUUCGAGUCAUUGUUCCUUCGAACCCUUACCGGGCGUUGCUACCUACGCAGCCACCAAGGCAGCGAUAUCCGCAUGGGCGACUGCGCUCAGAGUCGAAGUUUCAAAGUACGGGAUCGACGUCGUUUGCUUCAUCCCCGGUUCAUUUACUCAAGAGAGCAACAUACUGGCUAAACAGAGCGAUCAUUUCGAGGCCAUGAAUUCCUCUAUGACCGAAGAGGCGAAAAAUUUUUAUGGGGAUUACUUAAAAAGAUACGAACAGUACCUCGCGGGAAUGUCGAGAGAGAUGUUACCCAGGAUGCUGCAACAGCCGAACCUUUAUCAUCAAUUUGAUCGCGCGCUCAUGGAUGACUGUACUAGGGCGGUUUAUAAAUGCGAACCUUGGAGGUACACCUUCUAUCACCUACUCUUCUGGCUUUCUCCCACGUACAUCCGCGACAGAUUGGUCGAGAGAUUCAUGAUGAUGCCGAGGUGGAAGGCGACCGACUCGUUAUCGACACCCGACCGCGAGGUGCGGGUGAAGUGAGACAUAAGAACUGGGUUUGUCCGUGCAUUCGUAUUUGAAAUUUAUUUCUUUUCCACGGCAUUCUGUAAGUUUUUACUGAAUAAGAAUUACAGAUGCGUAGGUCGAAA